CCGAUUUUCUUAGUUUCGAGGCUGAAAAAUUGCAGGGAUAGAAAGCAACAAUUUGAAUGUGACUUGUGAGGAGGAUACUUUUCAUGCCAUAAAACGCUGGUAUGAGUACGAUACUUCUGUACGACAACAACAACUACCAGAUUUAAUUGGUCGCCUACGAUUGACCCAUUUUGACACUAAUUUCUUAUUGAGAAAUGUCAAAACACUUCCUGGAUGCGAGCUAUUGGCUUACAAGGCAAUAUCGUGGAUUACGCUACCAUCAGAUCAGACGAAGAUAUCGCUCAAAUUUACAGCGCCACGAGAAAAAACUAUUUGCGAAAAUUCGGAAGAGUUAACUUUGAUAGCGGUGCAAGCUUAUGACAGAAAAGGAACCAUUUUUACAUAUGACGAACCUGAAGAUGAAUGGCACAAAUGCGCCGAAGUUCAACAUAAUACAUACGCAUACGGUAUGGUUCUUAUGCAAGACAAUAUUAUUUACGUUGGUGGUGAACGAAAUGGCAAAAUAACUAACGGUGUUAAAAGCUGGAGCUUUAAAACGCGAACGUGGAGAGCAUUGCCUUCAAUGAUUCACACACGCAGCUGGCCAAGUGUUGUACUGUUAAAUAACAGUAUCUAUGUGAUUGGUGGAGAAGUCACAAAUGGACAGCCUAAAAGGUCUGUCGAAAUGUAUUCACCCGGUGGAAAAUGGAAAUUAGUUAGCAGUAUGAUUACGCAACGAAGCCAGGCAGGCACAGUGGCUUUAAAUGGCAAAAUUUUUGUUAUGGGAGGCUUUGAUGGAACUCACGACUCCCAAUCUGUUGAAUGUUACGACCCAUCUUCAAAUAAUUGGACACUGUGUGAGGAUAUGAAUAAAGCUCAUAAUUUCCCAUCGGUAGCCGUACACAAUGACUACAUAUACGUUUUAGGUGGAAUUACAGAAAAUAGAACAGUUGAACGUUACGAUCCACAAAUGAACGAGUGGACAAUGGUGUGCUCUUUGAACGUUGGGCGUGGAUGCAUGGGUUGUGUUUGGAAAGGUGAUCAAUUGUGGGUGGUCGGAGGUGAACAAAAUGAUAAGAUGAAAAAUUACGUGUCAGUUUAUUAUGCAGAAUAUAAUAAAUGGUUCAAAAGGAGCCCAAUACCUAUAGCUGAUCGAUAUAGCUGUUAUGUGGUGCCUAAGACGCUACUUCAAAGUCAAUAAAAAAAUAUGAGAAUUUUAUAAGUAUUUAGCUGUAUAGUUGUAGACUUUCUAGGGAAUAUUUUGCUCGAUGAAUUCCAAUUUUGGCCAUAUUUUGAAUAAGAAAUGUACAUACACAUAUAUUAUAUAUCUAAAGAUUUUAAUGAAAUUUUGA